AUGGAAUACAAUGGCGGUAGCGUGAUUGCCAUGCGCGGCAAGAACUGCGUGGCAAUCGCGACCGACAUGCGCCUCGGGAACCAGGCGCUAUUGGUGUCGACCAACUUUGACAAGGUGUUCAAGGUCACCGACCGCACCUACGUGGGCCUCCCGGGUCUCGCGACGGACCUGAUCACUCUCCGCGAAAAGUUCCGCUACCGUCUGAACAUGUACCGUAUGAAGGAGGACCGCGAAAUUGAGCCCGAGACGUUUGCGCACCUCAUGAGCUCGACGCUGUACGAACGGCGAUUUGGACCCUACUUUGUCGAGCCGGUGGUUGCCGGGCUCAACUCCAAGGACGAGCCGUUCAUUGCGGCGUCUGAUCUGAUCGGAUGCCUCAACUUUGCCAAGGACUUUGUCGUGAGCGGCACGGCGAGCGACCGCUUGUUUGGUAUGGCCGAGGGGCUUUGGGAGCCCGAUCUGGGGCCCGAGGACCUCUUCGAGACCAUCUCGCAGACGAUGCUCGGUGGUAUCGAGCGCGAUGCACUGUCGGGUAUGGGCGUCAUUGUGCGCAUCAUCACACCGGAGAAGACCAUUGAGCGGACACUCAAGUGCCGCAUGGAUUAA